AUAGCUGAGAAAUGAAAGAGACAGAGUCAAAGUCUGCAAAGAACCAGCUAACCCAGAAAAGCGAAAGAGUACAGUUAAAGAGUGAAGAUAGAGACAGAGAAACUGAUGAUUAUGAUGAUGAGGGAGAAAGUGAAAGUUUCCUGAGUAUUCAGUAGACUCAGAACCGAUUCAGAUUGAGUCGACAGAGGGUUGAGAAAGAAGACGAUCAAAAAAAAAACUAAAAACAGAAGAAAGUGAGAAGAAGCGAAACUGAAGACUAUUGCGUUGAGUGAGAGAGUUGAACCAAGAGCCACUUCUUUUUUCAUGUUUGGCUCAGUCUUUUACCUUUUACAGUUGUUACAUCUAUUUUGUUAAUUGUGUUGUUAAUUAUCCUUUAUAAUCAGUAAAUUAUUGUUAUUCCAAAAUUAUGAAGGGAUUAGUAAGAAUCGUCUGAAUCAAGAGAAAUAAUUAUUAAAUUGUUAAAAUGUAAAAAUUGUUCCAACAACACUAUCAACAUCGCUACCAACACCAACAAAAAGUCAAUCAACAGCAACAACCAAUGUUCACUUCGCAUUUAAAACCCAUUUUUUCAAGCUGCAAAUGUAUUUUUAGCAAAAUUGUGUCAACUCUCACCAUCUCAUCUUCAUUAGGAUCAUCACUAUUAUCAUCUUCUUCCUUCUCUCUCUCUCUCCUUUAACCAGCAUUUUAUUUGUCACCAGAAGAUACGCGAAAAAUUAACAAGUAAGAGAAAACUGGUUAACCAGAAAACUCAAUUAACUGCAAAUUAAUAGAAAGACUGAUUGAAAAAGAGAGGAGAGAGAGAGAGAAAGGAGAGACACAAACAAACAUGAAAAGACACAGAAAUUAAGCCAUUUUAAACAACAAAAGAAACAAGCUAAAGAAUAGAGGAAAAGCCAGAUUUAAUUUCUCAUUGCCUUGUCUUUCUAUUAACAACAAUUUAAGGUGAUCACUAAAUUCCACUUCCCAGUCCUUCACUCCAGUAUUUUACUCAGUGUUCACAAUCACAAUCAUCAACCGUUAAAACUGGUUUUGGAUUAAUAAAGCUUGGUUUCUUUGGCUACUGUGAUUCAACCAAAUCUCUCUUAUCUUGAACCAGCUUUUUAACCGACUUUUUCAACUGGCAACUUGAAGUACAAUCAAAGAAUCUCUCUUCCCUUGAUGACCAAAAGAACUGGACAAAUGUUGGUGUUAACUGUGACUUUCCUCUGCCCAUUUGCGAGGACAAUUUGAUUAAUUCACAUUUCACCAUUACUCUCCUUUCAUAUUGAUAGUUAUUGGUAAUAGUAGUUGCUAUUGGUGAUUAUAAUGGUUUUGUUUUUAUCUGUUUUCAUUUCGUUUUGUCCGUGAAUCUUUGUAAUAAGAGUUUGUUAUGUAUGUUUAUUAUGGAUUUGCUUUACCUCAUCUUUACCAAUAUCAUCCCACUCAUCAUCAUUAUCAACAUUUUCCCUUUGAUCUCAACUGUUAAAGGCCAAGGAGGAUGCGAAAGCAAACGAAUUUCUUUGUUUUCUUUCUUCUCAUCUUCAACUCAUCAAAAGCAUCUUCAACAUCAACAUUAUCUUCACCAUCACCGCCCUCAUCAUCAUCACCAACAACCUAAACAUCACCACUAUUAUCAUUAUUAUCUUCAUAUUUCACCACAAUUUCUUCCUCCUUCAAUUCUCAGUGAUAAUCAUUUUUGUGUAUUGUGAAAAAAAUGAAAUAAAUAACCUUCCAUCUUCUCAUGCGUCCAAUAAGUGUAAUCUCAUACCUUUAUUAUCAACCUCAACGUAUCAGUAACUGCUACAAAAAUAAUAACAACAACCAACCUCAUCAUUAUCAACAUUACCACGACAACUCAUCACCAUCAUUGCCAUCCUCAUCAUCAUCUCCAUCAACCUGAGCAAAACAAAAAGCCUGAAAAAUAAAAAACAAUAAAUACCAAUGAUAAUUUUUUUCAUCUCCUACAAGAAAAAGAGAAAAGGAAAAAUCAACUUUAUCAAUACUCGUUAAUCUUGUCAAAUAAUCUGUAAAUUAAAUAAUAAAUUGUAGUUGAUAAUAUUGUUGAACAAGACAUAAAGACAAAAAAACAACUCCAUUUACUCGACCAUCAAGUUGAGGUAACAAUUGACUGAAUCAACUGUGAUGGCCUCAGUAGCAGCUUGGCUUCCAUUUGCUCGAGCAGCAGCCAUUGGAUGGGUUCCAAUAGCAAACAAUCCAUUACCCGCUCCUCCAGUGACCAAAGAUCGUCGUAAAAGGGAAGAUGAAAAGUUCAUCAUCAACGUUUCAGGGCGUCGCUUUGAAACUUGGAGAAACACGGUUGAAAAAUAUCCAGACACACUUUUAGGUUCCAAUGAGCGUGAAUUUUUUUACGACGAGGAAACACGGGAAUACUUUUUCGAUCGUGAUCCAGACAUUUUCCGUCACAUAUUAAACUAUUAUCGAACCGGUAAACUGCACUAUCCUAAACACGAGUGUCUCAUGCAGUAUGACGAAGAGUUGGCCUUUUUUGGUAUCAUUCCAGACGUUAUUGGUGACUGUUGUUAUGAAGAUUAUCGUGAUCGAAAGAGAGAAAAUGCCGAGCGAAUGUUGGACGACAAAUCAUCGGAAGCCGAGAAUCCAAAGGAUGCCGAAAAGGGCAGCCUUCGCCAGCAAAUGUGGAGAGCCUUUGAGAAUCCUCACACCUCAACGGCUGCCCUCGUCUUUUAUUAUGUGACUGGUUUUUUCAUUGCCGUCUCCGUUGGAGCCAAUGUCAUUGAAACGGUUCCCUGUGGCUUUAGAGAGGGAACCUCAGAUAAAGUUUCCUGUGGUGAUUCCUACAAGAUUGCAUUCUUUUGCCUGGAUACUGCGUGUGUAAUCAUAUUUACCUGUGAAUAUUUGCUUCGUUUGUAUGCGGCUCCCAAUCGGUGUAACUUUAUGCGAUCAGUGAUGUCGGUUAUCGAUGUGGUUGCCAUUCUUCCCUAUUACAUUGGACUUGUUAUCAAGGAUAACGACGAUGUGUCCGGAGCUUUUGUGACUCUUCGAGUAUUCAGAGUAUUCCGUAUAUUUAAAUUUUCCCGACACUCGCAAGGACUACGAAUUUUGGGUUACACUUUGAAAAGUUGUGCCUCUGAAUUGGGUUUCCUUGUCUUCUCACUGGCCAUGGCCAUAAUCAUAUUUGCAACGGUUAUGUUUUAUGCUGAAAAAAAUGAAAAAGGAACCACCUUCACCAGCAUUCCAGCAGCUUUUUGGUACACCAUAGUCACUAUGACAACCCUUGGAUAUGGUGAUAUGGUUCCAGCUACCAUAACCGGUAAAAUUGUUGGUGGCAUUUGCUCUUUAUCUGGUGUCUUGGUCAUUGCUCUUCCAGUCCCUGUUAUUGUUUCCAACUUUUCAAGAAUUUAUCACCAAAAUCAACGUGCUGAUAAAAGGAAAGCGCAAAAGAAAGCACGGAUGGCUCGAAUCCGAAUCGCCAAAGCAACAAGUGGAGCUGCCUUUGUUAAUAAAAAGAAAGCAACUGAAGCUCGACUGGCUGCUGUUGCAAGUGGGCAAGAAAUUGAAGAUGGCCCAGAAGAUAUUUUUGAAUUACAGCAUCAUCAUCUUCUCCGAUGUCUUGAAAAGACAACGGAUCGUGAAUUUGUUGAGCUUGAUGUACCCUUUAACGGUCAGGCAAACCAGCCUUCAUCACUUCCGCCCGAAUCACCGUUACUACUCAAAGUGACUAGUAUUGAUCCAAAGAAAAAUAUUUUCACCUCUUGUUGUCGGAAUUGCCUGGGACGGAAAAGUUAUCAAAAACACAGAGGCUCAAAUGAAAAUGAGGAAGAAGACGACGACGAAGAAGAAAUGAAUGACAUUCAUAAAAGUAAAUUAGUCCUUGACCUGGAAAACCAAUCCAAUGAACCAAUUGCCGAUCACCGUUCAUCAUCCCAUUCAUUCAAUUCUCAUCAUCCAUCAUCAUCAACUCCAGCUAACCCAGGACCAGAUGAAAGUUCUGCCAAUAUAAAUAGCAACAAUAACAAUAAUAAUUAUAAUAAUAAUGUUAAUAAUCCCUGUGAAUUGGGAACAACUGAACAUUUAUCAACACCAGAUUCAAGUAAAGAUCUUGGUGAAUCUUCAAGACGAACCUCAUCAGCUCGUUCCGUUGAACCAGGACAAUUAGUAACUGUUCGCAUAUCGACAUUAUGAUUUAAAUGAUUAUCAAAGAAACAAAAAAACCUGUGGUAUUAAUUGCUGCUAAACCAUAAACCGUCAGACCAACAAUGUUGAACGUAACUUUGCGUAACUCAAAGGGAAAAGAAGCUUUGUUGAAAUUGUUUUGAUUAUUUCACAUUCAAAUGAUCUGGAUUACAAUGGACAACUUGACCAGUUUACCAGUUGAAAUGAUUCCGGGAAUCAACAUUUAACAUUUAGACAAACUCACAAGCCAAUCAAGAGGCACAUCAAGAACAACAAUGAUUUAUGGCCUUUGGUUUUAAAAGGCAAAAGGUUCAACUAUUUUUGGCCAAAAUGGUUAUUGAUAUAGUAAUAAUAAUAGUAAUAAUAAACCAAUGAUUUACUGUUAUUGUAAUUACUGUUUAUUACAAAUAUCAUUGAUCUUGAUGGUUAUAGCAUUUGAAGCACAUUGGCUCAUUGUAAAUUGCUUGAAUUUUCAAUGAGAACAAUUAAACAUUCAAAAUAAAGAGGCAACAAAUAAGGCAAAAAGCUAAAUCAGAUUAUGAAUAAUUGAUCAACUCGAUGAAAUUUGUUGAGUUAAUUGUUUCUUUUUGUAAGCUUAACAAGAAAAUAUUACAGAGACAUUUUUUGUUUUUAAUUUUAUGUUGAACAGCAAGAAUGCAAAAACAAAUACUAAAUUCACUGAUAAAUAUGUGUAUAUAUAAUACUAUUAAUUAUUAUUAUUACUAUUAUUAUUGCUAUUAUUAUUUAUUAUUAUUAUUGUUAUGUAAAAUCAUCAAUGAGAAAAAGCAAAACAAGUCAAGAAUCUCACUUUAAAAUGUAUUUAACCACAUUUUAAGGGCUAACUUGUAAAUGUACAAUGACUGUAUAAAGUGAAUACUGCUGAACAAAAUGAAUGUUUCACCAAUUUGGAUAUAAUUUAAAUUCAAGAACUGGAACUCUGUUGAUUUAGAAUUGAUAAUUGUAACCAAAAAUCAUGAUCAAUUCAAUGGUGGAUUAAAAAAGAUGACAAACUGAUGAACCAAACAAAAAAUAUAAAUGAACCGAGACAAAACAAACCUUAAAAUUUAUUAAUUUCACCUUCGUAAAUCCUAAUCAUAUCAAAUGUUUUCAAACAAUCCUUUUUUCCGAUUAUCAUUUUGAUUUUGUUUCUUUAAUUCUGUACAAAAACGGUUUUUUAAUUUGGUAAUGUAAAAUAUGUUUAAUACAUCAUGAUAAUGAUAGUUAAGGAAUAGACAGAAAUAAAGUUAAUAAUAAAGGUUAUGCAAAUAGCA